AUGCCAUCGCGAACCACUAGUGUGACCGAUUCGUCUAUCGAACCCUAUAGUACCGAAAAUGGCGGUAGCAUAGGAGAGCUUCCCGUCCCCGACCUAGACGACGAUGUAUCCACCGAAGAUUUCACAAGCGAUUGCUUGAGUUCACGGACAACAAGUUACGCCGAUCGAGAUAGUCGCAUAUUAGAGCAUGCCGACGGAGUUGAGACCAACCAUCUCGACGCCUUGUCUAUCUAUUCUCCGACCCGAUACCUACCCCAGGCCGUUCUGUAUCGGAUAGAAUAUCCAUAUGACGAUGAAGAUACUAUGGAGGAAGAAACCUUAAACUCAACAAGAUCAAUAAAUGAGGAACUCGAGUAUAUCAUGGAGAAUGGCCGACGUUAUCGCGGGUCAUAUUUCAUGCCGAACGACGACGAUGAACAAGUUCGAUUACAGCUGAUAAAUCAAGUGUAUCUGAAAACAUUUGACGGCGAGUUAACGAGUGUGCCUCUGGAAGCACCCACGCAUAUUCUAGAUAUCGGCACCGCUGUUGGUGAAUGGGCUAUAGACAUGGCCGAGCUCUAUCCCGACUGUGAAGUGACUGGGACCGACAUAUCUAACGUUUUUGAGCGACGUGCUCCGCAGAAUGUUUAUUGGGAAAUUGACGAUGCCGAAUUAGAAUGGGAGCGUCCGGCGAAUUACUACGAUCUGAUACAUUUACGGAACAUGACAGGAUCAUUUUCUGACUGGCAAAAUAUCUACCGAUCUGCUUUCACCUGCCUUAAGCCAGGCGGUUGGAUUGAGCUGCUGGACUUCGAUGACACGAGGGGAAUGAAUAGUUUCCACCAACAGUUCCAGCCUGGAUCGGUAGUACAUAAGUUAGUACAUGAUGCCUUCGAAGCUUGCGAUACGUACGGAAGGCCAAUGGGUGUUUCUCAUCUGGAACCUAGAUUUCUAGUCAAUGCAGGCUAUGUUGACGUCCAACUCACGGAGCACGCCAUUCCCUUGAGGACGGAGGACGGCUCGACAGGAAAAUUUUGGCUUCUCGCAAUCUUAAAUGGGAUUGAACCAACCUAUCUAAGGCUUUUAACGAAAUACAAAGGAUGGAAGGCAGAAGAGGUCCGCAGAGCUUGCGACCUGAUCGGGCAGGAACUUAUGGAAUUGGCACUUGAUCCAAAGAGAGCGAAAGGAUUUGUCAUCAAGGUCAGAGUCCUAAAAGGGAGGAAACCAAAUCCCAAUAGCCAGAGCCGAUGGCCUAGAGGGCCAUCACACAAAUCAGAUUAUAGGACAUCAGGCGAGGUGAUAAAUACUGAUAUGGAAGAACAUAACUUGACGGAUGAGGAAAGCGGAUAUUGCUCCACUAUAUCCCACGAACCACCGAGUACCCUAAAGAGCGACCUAUACGAUUCUGAUUCGGAGGAGAUACGACCAACCGACAUGAAAUCUUAA